UCAUCCGAUCAUCACAGAUUACAAAUGGCUGAUUAAACUCAUCCUCAAUGCCUCGAAGAAUACCGUGGUGUGACUAAAAGAGGUUUUCUCUCUAUCAAAAGGAACCAUCGGUCGACAACAGACGGCAGGAUGAUGCACAGGCGGGGGGGAAAGCGGAUUCGGAUGGAUGAUCCCGUCCCUCCGGAGUACGAGGCUCCCAUGACCCCCAUGACUCCGAUGACCCCAAUGACACCUUUGCACGAAACUGCCAGUAAUGAACUUCAGGAAUCUUAUUCAUCGUAUGCAUCAUACCAAGCGCCACAAACUCCUAUACACAACCCCACCCCCGAACAUUACUCGCCGGACAGCUACAGCUCACCAGGUACCUCACAUCAACAGCAACAACAGUAUGUGGAACAAACGACUAGUUUUGAACCAGCUGCACAGUUUGAGCAGCCAAUGACACCUCUGGCACCAGCUAACAUGAGGAUCACAAGGAAUACACGCGCCAGAUUACGUGGUAGCACAGUUCAACAGCCAAAAUAUAAAGAAAUUGAUACGGACUUUAUACCCACUGUCGCCCCUAGAGGUCGUGGUGGAGGUGGACGAGGUCGUGGUCGACGGGUUCCACAUUCUAACAAUCUUGAAGACGAAGCCAGUCUUUACUACAUUAUCAAAAACAAUCGUUCUUCCCUUACCACUAUAGUUGACGACUGGAUUGAGAAGUACAAAAUCGAUAGAGGAAAUGCCCUCCUCAUGCUUAUGCAAUUUUUUAUUAAUGCGAGUGGCUGUAAAGGACGUAUUACAUCCGAAAUGCAGACUACUAUGGAGCAUGUAGCUAUAAUUCGUAAAAUGACGGAAGAAUUUGAUGAGGAAAGUGGAGAGUAUCCAUUGAUCUUGCCUGGACAGCAAUGGAAGAAGUUCCGAUCAAAUUUUUGUGAAUUUGUUCAAAUUCUGGUUCGCCAAUGCCAAUAUUCCAUAAUCUACGACCAAUUCCUUAUGGACAAUGUUAUUUCUUUGCUUACUGGGUUGUCAGAUUCCCAAGUCAGAGCUUUCAGACACACUGCAACCUUAGCUGCAAUGAAGCUCAUGACUGCCCUUGUAGACGUUGCUCUAACUGUAUCGAUAAAUCUCGACAAUACACAGCGUCAGUAUGAAGCCGAAAGGCAGAAGGCAAGAGAAAAGCGAGCAGCUGACAGAUUGGAGUCACUAAUGGCGAAAAGAAAGGAACUUGAAGAAAACAUGGAUGAGAUUAAGAACAUGCUGACAUACAUGUUUAAGUCUGUGUUCGUUCAUCGUUACCGAGAUACUUUACCAGAGAUUCGAGCGCAUUGUAUGGCUGAAAUUGGUGUAUGGAUGAAAAAAUUUCACCAGAACUUUCUUGAUGAUUCGUAUUUGAAAUACAUAGGAUGGACGCUACACGAUAAAGUUGGCGAAGUUAGACUCAAGUGUUUGCAAGCGUUGCAGCCGUUGUAUGCCUCGGAAGAAUUGAAACUCAAACUGGAGCUAUUUACUAGCAAAUUCAAGGAUCGAAUUGUUGCAAUGACGUUGGACAAAGAGUACGAUGUUGCGGUCCAAGCAGUGAAGCUUGUUAUAUCUAUAUUGAAACAUCACAGAGAAAUAUUGACAGACAAGGACUGUGAGCAUGUCUAUGAGCUGGUUUACUCAUCGCAUAGAGCUGUCGCGCAGGCUGCUGGAGAAUUCCUCAACGAACGACUCUUUGUACCGGACGAAGAAGCAGUCGCAGGUGUAAAGACGAAACGGGGUAAAAAAAGACUUCCAAACACACCCCUGAUCAGAGAUCUCGUUCUAUUUUUCAUUGAAUCUGAGCUCCACGAACAUGGCGCGUAUCUAGUCGACUCGUUGAUCGAGACUAACCAAAUGAUGAAAGACUGGGAAUGCAUGACUGAUUUAUUGCUUGAGGAAGCAGGACCGGAGGAAGAAGCACUUGAUAAUCAGAAAGAAACUUCUCUGAUCGAGUUGAUGGUUUGUUGCAUAAAACAAGCUGCCACAGGUGAAGCACCGGUUGGCAGGGGUCCAACGCGUAAGAAUAUGUCCGCAAAAGAAUUGAAACAGGUUCAAGAUGACAAGCAACGACUUACGGAACACUUUAUUCAGACUUUACCUUUGCUCUUGGAUAAAUAUAGAGCCGACCCAGAAAAAUUAGCAAAUUUACUUGCGAUACCUCAAUACUUUGAUCUCGACAUAUACACUAAAUCAAGACAGGAGCAAAACCUUGAGUCACUGUUGAAAAAAAUUCACACCAUUGUUGAGAAAAUAAAUGACACCGAAGUGUUGGACACAGCAGCCAAAACUUUGGAACAUAUGUGCAUCGAGCGUCAUGCAAUAUACACUAGCUGUGACCUGGCCCGAUCAACCUUGAUCGACAUGAUAGUGAACAAAUAUAAAGAGGCUAUCGACGAAUACAGAUCAUUGAUAGAGGGAGGAGACGUUCCAAAUGAAGAUGAAAUAUUUGAGACUAUUCAAUCCCUCAAAAAAGUAGCGAUAUUCUACAGUUGUCAUAAUAUGAAUCCAUGGGGGAUUUGGGACUCAUUGUACAAAGAUAUUGAAGGUGCAAGGGAUCCUGCAAGGUGUUUACCGCACGAAGCAGUAAAAUAUUGUAUCAGUGCUUGCUUUUUCGCAAUUUUGUGGGGACAAAAUCAUCUAUUAGAAGCAGUUGACUCGGGAAGCAAACGAGGGGAAGACGAAUGCUGCGAAUUGAAGAAACGUUUACACAUUCUGAUGGAUCAGAUGUGUUAUUUGGUUGGGGGCGAUGGCAAUGCAGUGGUUGUACCCCCAAUUCUGAGAGAAGAAGCUUACAAUUCAAUUUGCGACUUGUUGGUUAUGUUUUGUAACCAAUUGAGCACGCAUCAUAAUCCUUUGAUGCAUCAUUUGGUUUAUGAAACUGAUCAGAAUAUGCAGAACAUGUUGAAUAAAUUCAUACAAGAGUAUGUUUUCUGUGAGGAGGAGGAUGAUGAACACGACGAACACUCAAAGAUUGAAGAAUUACAUAAAAGGAGAAAUUUUUUGGCUGGAUACUGUAAACUGAUCGUUUAUAAUAUGAUGCCCACAAAAGCUGCUGCUGACGUUUUUAAGCAUUAUGUCAAGUACUACAAUGAUUAUGGUGAUAUAAUAAAAACUACUCUCGGCAAGGCAAGGGAUAUAAAUAAAACAAAUUGUGCUCUAACAAUGCAGCACAGUUUGAACAUUCUCUACAAUGAAAUAGUCGCAGAAAAAGGAAAAGUAAGCAGAAACAGCGAAGAGUUUACUGCUAUAAAGGAAUUAGCUAAGCGGUUUGCCUUGUCUUUUGGCUUGGAUGCAGUGAAAAACCGUGAUGCAAUUGCAGCUCUACACAGAGCGGGUGUUUUAUUUGCUAUAACACCUCCAGACGGAGUAGAAUUGGACCCAACUGGACCUCCUCCCAAUCUGGCUUUCUUAGAAAUAUUGUCUGAAUUUACAAAUAAACUUCUGAAGCAAGACAAACGCGUUGUGUUGAACUUUCUCGACAAGCGAUUACAAGCUGGCAUGCCAUCAUCGAGAGGAGAGGAUUGGCAACCAUUGUUAUUGUACAGAAAUAGCUUAUUACAUGGUGAAACUGAUCAAGUUCCAGUCACAAGUAAACGUGCCUACACAAGACGCAAGAAAGAUCUCCUCGCUGAAGAAGAGGAAGCUGACGAGGCUGACGACAAUUCCGACCACGAGUUCAUGGGCAAAUUCAAGAAGAAACGUGGCCCUCGGAAAAAUCAGCUAUCAGUGAACAAGACAUCGAUGCCGAAAUCGAGCAGAUCAUCAACUCUUUACGAUAGUAGCAACGAAUCACCAGCGCAGCCAAUGUCUCCUUCGUGUGGACUCAACAUAGACGACGUGUCGAGUAUUCCAUCGCACGAAAUUGAUGGAAGACUAAAGUCACUCCAAAUCCAGUCUAAGUCAAGACGUAGUGUAGACAUAUCAGGGCCAAGAGAAUUACGCAGAACUGCAAGAAACUCCGGAAGAUAUAUCGAAGGGCAAUAUAUGGAAUCUGAUUCCGAAUGAGCUUCUAUCAGGAAAGCAAGAAUAUCAGAUAUAAGCUCUGCAGUUUUAAACAGAUGCAUAUAUUUUUUCAUAAUUGCGUUGUAGCUGAUCGUCAUCUAAGAGAUGUGAUGAUGGGGCCAAAUAGCGCAAUAAUAAUUAUAUUAAUGUUAAUCAAAAUAAUUCAUUGUUGAUUUCGCCAUGUUUUAUACCGUAAGUUAAAAUUUUCGUUGAAGAAAGUUUUACUAGGAAUGAAAAAAAAUUUCUUUUUCAUUUGUUCAUUAUUCACAAAGAAUUUUUUAUUAAUAUAAUAUUAUAGUAAAAUCUGUGAUCUCGGUAGUCUCUGUGUUAUUAAAAUUAAGAAACAAUGAAGCUAAUGCGGCGAAUAAUAUAUGAAACACAGAGUCGUCGUUUUCAAUGAAAAUAAUUUGGUUUCCGCAUAGUGUAAGAUACAUUAUGUACGUUUUUACUCAUCUGAUUUCAUCAAAUUCGUGUUUGAAAAUUUGAUACUCAAAGAAUAUUUUUAAUUUCGUUAAUAUCCUGGAUAAUUUUAACUGUACAAAUGCAGAAAUUUAUUGUUACAGUUAUUGGCCCAGCUAGUUUUCGAAUCUAUUUGAAAUUUCAUUUUUCCAUUUCUUGGUCGUAGUGUAGUAUGACAACUCUGGGUCGUUUUUGUUCUACCUUCUUCUUAUUUUUAUUUAAAAUAAAAUAAAAUGGAUACACAAAAAACUGAUUAAACGAAUAAAUAAAUAUUGAUAUUUUAUACCCAGAA